AUGGCCAGUGGGGACGAUGAGCCGAGGAACUGUGUGGUAUGUGGGGACCGAGCCACAGGCUAUCACUUCCACGCCCUGACGUGUGAGGGCUGCAAAGGUUUCUUCAGACGGACAGUCAACAAAAACACCACUCUCUCUUGCCCCUUUGCUGGAAGCUGUAAGGUCAACAAGGCCCAGAGACGCCACUGCCCAGCCUGCCGGUUGCAGAAGUGCCUAAGUGCUGGCAUGAAGGACAUGAUCCUAUCAGCGGAUGCUCUGGCAUUGCGGCCAAAGCAGACUCAGCGGCGGCGGCCGGGCAUAGCAGGCACCUGUGCAGCUGUGCUGCUGAGUAAGGAGCAAAAAGCCCUGGCCCAGUCUGUCCUGGAGGCCCACAGCCACCACGUGGGCACUAUGUUUGACCAAUUUGUGCAGUUCCAGCCUCCAGCUCAUCUGCUUGUCUGUUCGCCACCCUUGCCCACCCCAGGCGCAGUUCGCCCUCUGCUUGCACACUUUGCGGACUUCAGCACUUUCAUGGUCGAGCAAAUUAUCAGGUUCACCAAGAACCUGCCCCUCUUCCAGUCCCUGCCCAUGGAGGACCAGAUCUCCCUCCUGAAGGGAGCAACUGUAGAAAUCUGUCACAUCACACUCAAUACCACUUUCUGUCUCCGAACUUAGAACUUCCUCUGUGGGCCUCUUCACUACACAACAGUGAGUAGUGCUAGACAGUGAAGGGCAGGUGUCCUUGUGGGGUUCCAGGAAGAGUUCCUGGAGUUGGUCUUUCGCUUCCAGGGGACGCUGCGGCAGCCCGAAUACGUGCUCAUGGCAGCCAUGUCCCUUUUCUCUCCUGAUCAAACCCGGGUCACCCAGGGGGAAGAGACUGACCAGCUACAGGAGGAGAUGGCUCUGACUCUACAGAGCUACAUCAGUGGCCAGCCACCAAGGCCCCAGAAUAGGUUUCUAUAUGCGAAACUGUUGGGCCUGCUGGCUGAGCUCCGGAGCAUCAAUAAUGCAUAUGGGUACCAACUCCAGCACAUCCAGGGGCUGUCUGCCAUGAUGCCACUGCUCCAGGAGAUCUGCAGCUGAGGCCUGCCUGUUCAUCCCCAGCCCAUCUGGACACAGCAGACUGGAACAGGGAAGUUGCUGGGGCCAGAGGUUGAGACCAGCAGAAAGGGAGCCUGGGUUACAAUGAAAAAAAAAAA